AUGGAACUAGACUAUGACCUUGCGGACGAUGAUGGCAUUGAUGAGAGAGAUAUAGAUGUUGAUAAUGAUAAGGAGUCCAUUCCGGAUGCAAAGAUACGAAUAGAUGCAGGACAAAGUAAAGAUGGAUCAACAAGUAGUGUGUUGAGUGACAGACCCAGAUUUCCUAAACGAAAUGUAUUCACUAUUUGGAGAACUUCUCAUAAACCCUCUGAUGGAUGGAUAAACUUGGAAUCGACGGACAUGAGUAUUGAAGACAAAAAUGUGUAUUGGAAGACGGCAAGAUCCUCAAAAGCUGUACAAGAUGUCAAACGUCUGGAAAGAGACUUUCUAGAAAUUCUGAAAACAACCAAACACUUGUCUAUGCAGAAAAAGGAACAACUGAAGCAACAAAAGCUUCAAGGGUCUUUCAACUUUAAUUUUGGCGAUAUGAUGAAGAUCUUCAUUUGUGCUGGAAUGUGA